AUGAAAACGACAGAGAAGCACCAGAUCUUAGAUCAGGGUGCGAUUGUCUCCAAACCUACCAAACAAUUCAGUGAGGGGGCGUGGGACCAUCUCCAAAUGGCACUGGUACACGAAACUUCCAGCCGCGGCACACCUGUGCUUGACAAAUGGUCGGAGAUUGAGACACGGCUGUCUCGCAUAAUCGUCGACCAUGUCAUGGCGAACCCGGAGGGUCAAUCACCAGGAUUCGACUCGGUGGAAGUGGUUCGCGGUUGCCGGGUAAUCAAAUGUGGUGACCAGUACUCAAAUUUCCUGACAAACGCGAUUGGCGAAAUUCAGAGACGCUGGGAGGGCUUGAGGCUCAAGUUCAUUCCAGUCAGCGAGAUACCACUAAGGCCGAGGUCAGUUAAUUCCCUAUCUCCAGGCUCACAACCGCACAGCGUGUCGUUCUUUCUUCAAAUCACAGACGAGAGCCUUGAGCCAGUGCAAAAAGUGGAAAAUAAACUUCGGUUCGGCACACGGAAGGCCCAGCUGAAAAUAUUCCGUUCUGCAAAUCUGGAGGAGAAGCAGGAUGAGGUCGACGGCACCAGCGAACUGCUGACUAGCAUUCAGUUAAAUGACGCCGAACCUGGGAAAACAAACCAAUAA